GGAACUCCGUGAGGCGCCGCUCCGCCCCGCCGCACGCCGGGAAGCGCCGCGCCAAGGUCAGAGCGGGCCGUGGCCAACCGCCCCCAGGCUGCAGCGGGCGGCGGAGGGGCACCGCACAUGGAGUACGACUGGGUCGGCUUCGGGUACGCGGCGCUGGUGGCCUCCGGGGGCAUCAUCGGCUACGCCAGGGCAGGCAGCGUCCCGUCCCUCGCUGCCGGCCUUCUGUUCGGUGGCCUGGCAGGGCUGGGUGCCUACCAGCAGUCCAAAGAGCCGAAGAACGUGUGGCUUUCUCUUGUGGCAUCUGGAACCUUGUCUGCUGUCAUGGGGAUGAGAUUUUAUAACUCCAGAAAAGCGAUGCCUGGGGUCGUUGCUGGUGCCAGUUUAUUGAUGGUUGGAAGACUCAUGUUGCAGAUGAUGGAAAAGCCACUUGAGCCAUAAGUGAACAUCACACCACUUGAAAAUACAUGAAUUCGAAAGACUCUGUGAAAGUUUAUUUAAAGACUAAAGGACUCAGAUGCUUCCCUGAGAAGUGCUCUGUUGCCUGAACUCAUUCUAAAUAUAGACUUAGGAUGCAGAAAUAAUCCUGGGAGUUAUGCAUGGAUGGUAAUGUAUCCCUUUUCUGGUCUGGUUUAUCUUGUGUCUGUUUUUGCUCAGGACCUGAGCUUCGAUUUCUUCAGCCUUUGUUUCGGUGGCUGAUACUGUGAGAGACUGAAGCAGGGGGGUUGAUGUGUUGGAAUAGUAAGGCUUUGGAGCCUCGUUUGCUCAGAGUUCUCUAAACAUCUGGCCAAUACCUCAGCAGGAGUGUGAUAUCUUGUGGUUUGUUUCCUUUUUACUUUACCUUCCUCUUUUCCUUCCCUUCUUGUUAAAUAACUUUAGUCUCUGGAGAUGGAGGGGGAAAAGCACCUGGCAGGGAGCAGCUGGUUUCCUCACAGGAGAAAAUGACCUGGGAGUCAACAACUUCAGCAGAUGGUUUCUUUGUAAGUUAUCCUUGUAAGUGUCUAAUUCCAGGCUCUUGACCCAGCACUGGUUAUCAGGUUGUCUGAAUGUGUUUGCUAUAGCUUGAGAAGGCUAGUAAGCUUUGUAUUAGGAGAGAAAAGCUAGAGACUUGUGUGCUUUUCAUCCACUUGGAACUCCAUAAGCAUUAGGUGCAUUUCUGCACUGACAGUGUGUAUCAGUGAAUCAGUUAUAGUGACUGUACAGCACCUACUAGUGCCUGACUGCUGUUUUGUCUUGUUGCUUGUGAGAAGAAUUUCUUAACUCUAGUCAUGCUUUGAUUGUAGACAUGUCAAGGCAGUUACAGUUAUGUCAGAAUAAUGUCUGUGUUCACUAGCAUGUUGUAAGGACAGUGUGUUUCUUCUAGCUCUAUUUAGUACUGCCUGUUCCUUUUUCUGCUCUAGGUGACUUAGUGAGCCAUGGACACAUCAUUAGCUAAUUACUUGAUUAGUGUGAUCUUACCUAAGUUACUGGCAUCUACUACCAGGGAUGAGUGAUUAAUUUCUCCUGGAUUUCAUUAAUAAAACUAGUGUAUUUAUGAACCAGAACUGUUCUAGAAAGUGUGAGGGUGGUCUUCAUUUCCACGGUGAGUUAGAUAUAUUCUACAGCUACAAUAAGAUAUGCCUAAAUAGCGUAUGAAGAUCUGUUAGUACUAAUGGAGUGACAGGUAUCUGAGACACAAACCAAUAGUAACUGAAUUAAGUCUUCUAGUGUGUUACUAACCAGUUAUCCAGAUCUCUACAAAUCACUUCCAGGAUUAAAGUAACAUUUUCUUUUGGUGUUUGUUUUUUAUUUUUUAAUGCUACUGCUUCAGUUUUACUUCCAGUAGGUUAUAUAGCCCAACUAUUACGGCACAUUAGGUCAGCAGCAGGAACUGAGAACUUUAUAUGUAGUUUAAAAACAAAAAGCUAUCAACAGUUUUACAUCUUUAAAGAACAUACUCAUUUUGUAUUUUAAAAUGGCAGGUUUAAUAUUACUACCAAAACAUCUAUUCUAAACACAGCUGUGAACAGAAGUAGCCUAGAUCAACAUAAAAAAAUAUUUAUUGUACACUGCAAGGUCCUUUGCAAGAUAUUUCUGUAAAACUUAGCAUAGGUGCCAAGGAAAGUAUGACAUGAGCAUAUAAACAUUGAGGUAUUGCAUUAUUAAAGCUUGUAUGUGGUCUCACAUACAGGGCUUAAGCUGGCUUUAAAGAUCUAAAAGAGAAAGUAACUUCUUAGAAAAGCAGCUUUAUUUCCUCCCUCACAUGAUUCACAGGGCUUCUUUGAGUUAUGAAGAAUCUGGUUCGUGUCAUCACCCAGUAAGACGGUUACCAACCACUUAUGCCUUUUUUAA